AUGUCGACAACUGCUUUCGAGUUCAAUGGAGCAAAGUUUGUCACCAACAACUACUCAGCCAUUCUGGACAACGAUGAAGCACCCAAGGAGUUUCAUCUUAUUCAAGAUUUCUUGGCUCACAGUGAGCUGAUGUAUGCUCUGACUCAGCCAGAGCUAAUCUCUCCUUCUCAAGUUCUCACCCUCUGGAGAUCAGCAAAUUACGAUGAUGGAGGUGAAAAUGGUUCUCCAUCUCUCACCUGCAAUUAUGAAGGCCAAGAGUAUGCUAUCUCACCAGCAACCAUUAGGAAGACUCUUCAUCUUCCUGAAGAAAAGAAAUAUGAUGCUUCAGAUAAACUGAAGAUAGCUUUACCUGACAAGUAUGAAGCCUUAUUCUCUGAUGAGAAUAUCCCACAGCCUCCAUCUCCUGCUCAUGAACCAAUAGCAAAAUCUGAUCCCAAACCAACCUCUGGUUCUUCUCAACAAGGACCAGUUGAAAAAUCUUCACCAAAAAGGAUACUUAGAUCUACCAAAUCCCCAACCAAACCCUCCCCUCCUCCCAGAAAAAGAAGAUUCCUACAGAAAAUUUCAGAUUCUGAAUCAGAAGAAGACAUUCCUCCUCCUCCACCGGCAAAGAGACUGAGAAAGAAAAUAAAGCCAACCUCUAUUACUGAUCUGACUGUGGAACCACCACAAUCAGAGGAUCCUGAACAAGCUUUGAUUCCAUUCUCUGAUCAAUCUGCAGAGCCACUAUUGAUUGAGCCUAUUUCUGCAAUGCCACUUGAUACUGCUGCAGCUGACAAACAACUGUCAGAGUCCACCUCUGAUCACAAUGAUCAGCCUGAAGGAACAAAGUCUGUUAAAGAGAAAGUUGCAGCUGAUACUGAUAUAUCAGAAAAACCCUCUGAUGCUCCUAGUAAAUCAGAGGAUGCACAAAUAGAAAUGGUCCUCCAGUUAAUCCAAGAUUCUAUGGUUCAACCUGAUGAUAUUGUUGCAGCUCCUGCUCAGGAGAUUCCCAUGGCAGAAAACUCUGAGGCAGCUACUGAAGCUCUAGAGUCACAUACUCUGAGUAUUUUUCUUGCAGACAUUGAUGAUGAUGAAGGCACAGAAGUCACAUCAACCCCCAUUCAAGCUCCUGGUCUACACUCAAUAAUCUCUGAGCCAGUCAGAGAAACUACACCAGAAAGGGCUGAUUCCCCAGUUAAGGCACUAUCACCAGUCAGGGAAUCCACUCCUUUUAUAGCUCCUGCAGUUCCAAGUUCUCCAAUUCCAUUCUCUGAGCCUGUCAGAAGGAAUAUUUGCCACUUGUCUUAUAAUAACAGGAUGUGCAGAAUCACAUCACCUUCUGUUGAAGACAGACUUACCUCUAUUGAAGCAACUCAGGCUUCAAUGAAUUAUACUCUGGCAGAUUUGAGUGCUUCUGUGGCACAGCUGGUACAGAAACAGAAGAUUCCAAAGCAAAAGGGAAUAGUAAUAAGUGAGGUGAAUUACACUGACAUCAAUAGACCAAGAACCAGAUCUCAAACUCAAACUCUGCCUGAGUCUGACUCAAAAGACAAAGGUAAGAAACCAGUUGAUAUAGUUCCUUCAGUUUCUACUAUGCCAAAGAAAUCAGUAAUUACAUUAGCACCAGAGAAUCCUACAAAGAGGAUGGUCAAACUGAGCAAGAGUGUGCAUGUAAUGGCAAAUGUAUCUGAGCAACCAGAAGAAAAGGAAGUUGGACUGGUCAGAAGAAGAAAAGGUGAAUCCAAAUCAAUUCCUGAGAUAACUUUAACCUCUGACAAUGCUCAAGUUAAAGCUCCAAUAACUGAAGAAAAGAUUGAAGAUACUAAAGCUUCUUGGUUGAAGUUAAACUCUGAAGAGACUCAAGAUGAUCAGAAGAAAAAGAGUUUAUAUGGGAGUCUUGGUACAAAUUUAUACAAGGAAAGCCCAAUGCUCACCAGAUGGUUGUUGUAG